AUGAAGCUCGUUGCCAUCCUUGCCCUGUGCAGUAUAGGGGUCACGACAAGGGCUCUUGCUACGCAGACGACUAGCGGGCCUGGCGACAGAAAGCCCCUUUAUGAUGCUCUUCCUGCUGGAGCACCAGACGGCCUACACAUGGGGAGCUUGAACCCAGAUGGCACAACCCACUGGGAGUACAUUGGAGAAGCGGAAUACCUGCCUUUCAACAGUAGCGAACUUCCAAGCGGUGUGCCAACCAUCCUUACCAAGCGAUCGGACUAUGGCACUCACUGCGAUGGCGGAUGGGUGUCUGAUUUCGAUUGGCAAAACGCCCAAGCCGGCCUCCAACAGCGCUGUGGCGGUGGCCUUGAUUACAAUGGUGUCAUCUCGUAUCAGUAUGGAAGCGCAGUUGCCUAUGCCUGUAACUACGGAAAUGGUCAGAGGUGCGAUUGGAGUAAUGUUGGGUCCGCUCUAAACAGUCUCCGGAACGCCUGUUAUGAACAGCGAGGGUGGUUCUCUAUCCCAAGUGCCAAAUUGUCCUAUGGUGUAACGACUGCCGGCCACGGGUACUGUUAG